AUGUCGCAGAAGAUACGAGACGUCUACAUGGUCAUCGGUGGAAAUGGCUUCCUGGGAAGACAUAUUGUGCAGCAGUUGAAGGAGCGAGGGGACAUUGUAUCGGCGUUCGACAUUGUGGAGCGAUACAGCGACGUGCCAUUCUACGCUGGAGACAUUAGCGACCAGGGGUCCGUUGCGUCGGCCUUGCGCAAGAGCGGUACGACGUGCAUCAUUCAUACUGCGUCUCCGCACGGAGCUUUGGGUAAUCCUGCAAUCUUCUAUAAGGUCAACGUGGAGGGAACGAAAGCCAUCAUUGCUGCAGCCGUCGAAACAGGAGUUCGCAAGCUUGUCUUCACUAGCUCGGCUGGUGUCGUCUUCAACGGCGAGGAUAUCAUCGAUGUCGACGAACGGGUGCCAUUUCCUGAUGUACCUAUGGACGCCUAUAACGAUACCAAAGGCAAGGCUGAGAAGGCAGUUCUGGAGGCCAAUGGCAAAGGCGGUCUAUUGACAGUCGCUUUGAGACCCGCCGGAAUUUUCGGCCCAGGCGACCGACAAGCGACGACUGGGUUCUACCAAGUCUACGAAAACGGCCAGACCCACUUCCAAAUCGGCGACAACACGAACCUAUUCGACUGGACGUAUGUCGGAAAUGUCGCGAAAGCUCAUCUCCUAGCUGCCGAUAAGCUCGAGACGCCUCCUCCAGCACCCCCUCUUUCGCGGUUGGAAAAAAAGCCUGCUACAGUAGAUGAAAUUCCUCCACUCUCAGCCGCAGAAUUAGCGCUCAUCGACUACCCGCUCCUUCCUGUUGACAUCACGACUGGCCGCCAGCGGGUACCGACAUGCGAGGUGCGGCCCCUUGGUCCGUAUGUGACUCCCCCGCCCAACGGAGAGAAGAUUGCUGCUGCGUUCGCCGACCCCAACCCACUUGUGUCCAAUCGGCCUGUCAUCAGGACACACUUCGACCCCUUGUCCGAAUACGCUCUCGCUCGCGCCAAACUCCAAAACCCCGACGUGAACCCCCUCCAAGUAGCUGGCCAGGUUUUCUUCAUCACGAACGGCGAGCCAGUCCCAUUCUGGGACUUCCCGCGCAUGUUCUGGAACGAGUUCGACAAGUACUUCCCUGGUAAGAGACCACCUCGCGGUCUUAUCAAGCUACCUAAGUCCGUUGGGUUUGCUGCUGCUGCUGGUUCGGAGUGGUAUGGGUACUUGACCGGAAGGGACGUGACCUUCACGAAGUUCAAGGUCACUUUCAGUUGUGCGACGCGGUAUCACAAUAUCGAGAAGGCCCGGAGGGUGCUUGGGUAUGAGCCUGAUGUUGGUCUUGAGGAGGGUGUGCGAAGGACCUGCGAGUGGUGGUAUCAAGAUUUCCUGGCCAACAAAAAGAAGGCUUAA